UGACGGGUCGCGGGCGGAUACGCGGCUCGGGCGGACACGCGGCUUUCCGUGCUCUCUUGGUUUUCCUGCUCCGGGCCUCCGACUUUCAGCUCCGCCAUGGCUCCCAAAGGCGGCUCCAAGCAGCAGUCCGAGGAGGACCUGCUCCUUCAGGAUUUCAGCCGCAACCUGUCGGCCAAGUCGUCGGCGCUGUUCUUCGGGAACGCGUUCAUCGUGUCUGCCAUCCCCAUCUGGUUGUACUGGCGCAUAUGGCAUAUGGAUCUCAUCCAGUCUGCUGUUCUCUACAGUGUGAUGACGUUAGUGAGCACUUACUUGGUAGCCUUUGCAUACAAGAAUGUAAAAUUUGUCCUCAAGCACAAAGUAGCACAGAAGAGGGAGGAUGCUGUUUCCAAAGAAGUGACCAGAAAACUUUCUGAAGCUGAUAAUAGAAAGAUGUCUCGGAAGGAGAAAGAUGAAAGAAUCUUGUGGAAGAAGAAUGAAGUUGCCGAUUAUGAAGCCACAACAUUUUCCAUCUUCUAUAACAACACUCUGUUCCUGGUUUUGGUCAUUGUUGCUUCCUUCUUUAUACUGAAGAACUUCAACCCCACGGUGAACUACAUUUUGUCCAUCAGUGCUUCUUCUGGACUCAUCGCCCUGCUCUCUACUGGCUCCAAGUAGACUGUGUUCUCGGCCCCCUGCCUUUGUAUCUAUGUGUGGCCUGUGCUAUAUGGAAAAGUAUCAGGGUGGCCAGGUUGGGAGACACACAUGAUGUUUUUAUAGUCUGGAGUUGGAGGGUUUAAAAAUGCAAUAGAAUGUAAUUUAGUGUUUGUUUAUUGGCUCUUUUGACAGAUUGUUGAAAUUAAAUUGAAUUGAAAGGGAAACUCAGAGUACCAGGACAUUUAUUAAAAGGCAAGAAGUCUUGCAAUGUUCUCUAAUCACAAGAGGAGAAAAUAACUUGUUUCCUACAUCUGUCAGAGGUCAUGGUAACCUGGACUGAGCUGUUAUUAUUUAUAAUAGGAGGAAGAAGUUAAUAACUGGUUCUCUGUGUUCCAAGCACAAUAUUACAACUUUUGACUGUAAAUCUCAGUGAAUCCUCUUCCCAAGGGAUUAAACAGAAGUCUCUGAGUUUGUAAUUUAUAAUAACUCAAAAACAUGGCCUCUUUACUUUGAGGGAGAGAAACUUGGAACUUUUUUUUUUUUUUUUUUUUAAAGAAAGGCAGCCAAGGUAGUAACCUAAAAAUAGUCCCCAGCCUAUGAGUGUUGGCCUGUGAAACUAAAGCACACGCUGUUCGGCUGUAUGGCUUUGGCCUUGGGCGGCCAGGGAGGUCAGCUUGACCCUGCCAUAUUGGUUUGAUGUGUGAAGUCACUGGAAUCAUUGUUUUCUGUGACCAGGCUCUCAGCACCACAGGCAGAAUAUUAAGUGAGAAAACACUUCUUUCCUGAUUAUUGACACAUGAGAGACCAGAAGAAUGUUUUGUGAACUUAGCCCUGGAAUUCAGUGAACUCUCCAAGGGAUUUACAGUGGUUUGAAAGGGUUGUCAGCAUUUUUCUAUGAGGGCUUGAAUAAAUUUGUCCCCUUUUGCCCA